ACCCCUUUGACACGGUCAAGGACACCCCUGUAGACAAGAUGUCCCGCCUGACUUGCCGGUAAAAACGAAUUUUGAAUAAUCGCGUUUAUUUACGUAUAUAGCAAGGAAAAGAUGGUUUAGAAGGUGCAGGACAGGAUUAAGAAAAUCUGUAUGCAGGGCCGUCCACGGCAAGGAUUUCAGUGUGUGUGGGGAGGGGGGUUAUGGAGACAUGGAACUGUCAGCCUUAAAACCCAGCACUUGUGCUUUUGUGAUCUGGUUGAGUAGAAUUAAAAUGGGCAGUUUGGACGCUCCUUGUCUGAAGCCAUCGAUCCCAACCGAAUGCAACCCAUUGCCGUUGCCACACCUCCCAGCCUAGCAUGAAAGCACUUGGGGUUUCUUCCAAAGUUCAGGACUGCAGAAGGUGGGCAUGCUGAGGCUUAUAGCUCUAGUGUGUAGAAACACUGCACCAGUCAUCAGGGAGCAGAAACUGAAUUCCAAUUCAGUCGAAACAGCAGUAGGAGGUUAUUUAUUUUAUUUUUAUUUACUUUUUGUUUGCAUUUAACUGUCUUUAUUUCUGAGCCGGGGCUGCCUUCAUUAACAGCAAAGGGGUUCAUUUGUUGUGGGUGAGGGCUAAGCCUCUUCACGGGAGAGUUACCUAGUAAAUACAGUCAAGGUGAAUACCUCCUGUCUCUCUCAGUCUUGAUUGUGUGGCAAAAUACAAAUAAAAAUAAUAGUCCAGUUCUUCAAAGAUAAAAUAAGCCAUCAAAACCAUGGUCUGUUUGUGAAUAUCGUUCUCUCAUUGCAGAACGUUUCUGUGUGUGUUCUUGACCUGCAUAGCCGGGCUUAUGUGAUUGAAGUGCAUCUGGAAUGCUGCUGGAGAGGCAUGUGCUGCUGUGUUUUUAAUGCAAUCCUUUUUCUUUUGCAGGUCCGACUUCAGGUUCAAAAUGUAGACAAGCCCUUGUAUCGCGGGACUUUCCACUGCUUCCAGUCGAUUGUACGACAGGAGUCUGUUCUGGGUCUGUACAAAGGCAUGGGCUCCCCUAUGAUGGGCCUGACCUUCAUCAACGCCAUCGUGUUCGGGGUGCAGGGCAACGUGAUGCGGCAGCUGGGGCAGGACAGCCCGCUGAACCAUUUCCUUGCGGGGUCGGCCGCGGGCACCGUACAGUGCAUCAUCUGCUGCCCCAUGGAGCUGGCCAAGACGCGCAUGCAGAUGCAGGGCACCGGUGAGUACAAAUCCAAGAGGAAGCACUACAAGAACUCCCUGGACUGCCUGGUGCGGAUCUACAGGAAGGAAGGGGUGCGAGGGAUCAACCGCGGCAUGCUGACCACUCUCGCCCGCGAGACGCCCGCCUUCGGGUUCUACUUCCUCACCUACGACUGCCUGACGCGCUCCCUGGGCUGCGAGCCCGAGGACCCUUACAUGAUCCCCAAGCUCCUGUUUGCAGGGGGCAUGUCCGGGAUAAUGUGCUGGCUCUCCACUUACCCGGUGGAUGUGAUCAAGUCCAGGCUGCAGGCAGACGGGGUGGGCGGGGUGCCGCAGUACAACGGGAUCCUGGACUGUGUGCAACAGAGCUAUCGGAAGGAAGGCUGGAGGGUGUUCACCCGCGGCCUCACCUCCACUCUCCUGCGGGCAUUCCCGGUCAACGCAGCUACCUUCGCCACCGUCACGCUCUUCCUGAUGUACAUGAGAGGGGAGGGCGAGGGGAUGAAGGACUGCGAGCCGGCCCCAGCAAUGCAGCAACCCCAGCCACAGGCACAGCAGUCCAGUUUGUGACUCUCCUCCUCAUCCUCACACUGCUGCUGCUGCUGCUUCCAUCAGCUUGAUGAUGCUGGAGCUCUGUUACUGAUCUGGUGUUUUAGGGAGAAUUUUUUUUUUUUUUUUU